GCGUCGUUUCUCUAGUUAGCCUAGAAGCUAAAGUUAAGAUGCUUUGAUGCGGUUGUUUAGAUAAUUUGUAGCUUUUAAAACAUCUCAGUUGAAGCCAUGACGACUAUAAAAGACGGAGAGUACACAGCCACGAUCUACAAACUGAUUAAAGACAGCCAGUAUGUAGAAGCAAUACACAUCCUGAACGGGCAGCUUCAGAAACACACAAAGUCCAGGGCGGCGCUCUCUCUGCUGGGUUACUGCUACUAUCACAUCCAGGACUUCACCAACGCUGCGGAGUGCUACGAGCAGCUCACCCAGCUGCACCCGGAGGUGGAGGAGUACAAGGUGUACUACGCCCAGUCCCUGUACAAAGCUGGUGCUUAUCCCGAAGCCACCAAGGCCUCCUUCGCACUGGACACCUCAAGCAGUCACACCAAGAUGGUCAAGCUGCAGGCCUGCAUCAAAUAUUGUGAGGAAUAUUACUCGGCUGCUAAGUCACUGCUGGAGCAGCUGCCCCCGGACGACCCGGACUACAUCUACAAUAUGGGCUGUUUGCUUUACCAGGACGGCAAGUACGAGGAAGCCUGCAAGAGGUUUAUGUCUGCCAUGCAGGUGCUGGGAUACAUGCCAGCGUUGUCCUACAACAUCGCCCUGUGUAACUACAGCCUGAAGAACUACGACCAGUCCCUCAAAUACAUCGGAGAGAUCAUAGAGCGAGGCAUCAGGGAACAUCCAGAGCUGAGCAUCGGGAUGACGACAGACGGCAUUGACGUCCACAGUGUGGGAAACACUCUGGUGCUGCAUCAGUCCGCCCUGAUCGAAGCAUUCAACCUCAAAGCUGCCAUCGAGUACCAGCAGAAGAACUUAAAGGGAGCUCAGGAGGCUUUGACAGACAUGCCCCCCAGAUCAGAUGAGGAGUUAGACCCGGUAACGCUCCACAACCCUCUGUUGAACAUGGACAUGAAGCCAUCGGAGGGUUUUGAGAAACUCGCCUUCCUGCUGCAGCAGCCGUCCUUCCCUCCCGUCACCUUCGGGAACCUGCUGCUGCUCUACUGCAAACACGAGUAUUUCGACCUGGCAGCAGACGUCUUGGCAGAAAACGCACAUCUCACCUACAAGUUCCUCUCACCAUACAUGUACGAGUUUCUCGACGCCUUGUUGACCUGUCAGACGGCACCGGAGGAGGCGUUCAGGAAGUUUGAUGAGAUGAACGCCAAACUGACCGAGCAGUUACGCAAACUGGCCAAGCAGGUGCAGGAAGCCCGGCUGGCUCGAGACGAUGAAGGACAGAAGAAAGCUCUGCAGGACUACGACCUGAUGCAGGAGAAGUACAUCGUGGUCCUGAUGGCCCAGGCAAAGAUCUACUGGAACCGAGAGAACUUCCAGAUGGUGGAGAAGAUUUUCCGCAAGUCGGUGGAGGUCUGCAACGAGGACGACACCUGGAAGCUCAACGUGGCUCACGUGCUCUUCAUGCAGAACAAAUACAAGGAGGCCAUCGGCUUCUACGAGCCCAUCGUCAAGAAACACUACGAUAACAUCCUGAAUGUCAGCGCUGUCGUCCUGGCCAACCUGUGUGUGUCCUACAUCAUGACGAGUCAGAACGAAGAGGCCGAAGAGCUGAUGAGGAAGAUCGAGAAAGAGGAGGAGCAGAUAUCCUACGACGACCCCGACAAGAAGGUCUUCCACCUGUGUAUCGUCAACCUGGUCAUCGGGACUCUGUACUGCGCCAAGGGAAACUACGACUUCGGCAUCUCUCGCGUCAUCAAGAGCCUGGAGCCUUACAACAAAAAGCUGGGGACGGACACAUGGUUCUACGCCAAGCGGUGCUUCCUGUCUCUGCUGGAGAACAUGUCCAAACAUAUGGUCAUGCUGAGGGACGCUGUGGUACAGGAGUGUAUUCAGUUCCUGGAGCACUGCGAGGUUUACGGGAAGGAGGUGACGGCCAUCAUCGAGCAGCCUCUGGAGGAGAUCCGCGUUCACAUCGGCAAGAACACCGUCACCUACGAGGCUCGGCUGCUGAAGGCCCUUUUCUACGAAGUAAUCGGCUGGAACAAGUGACGUCAUACACACACACACAUUUCAUCUUCGAAUCGAAGGAUAAAAAUGGAUUUAAAGACGAUUGUCUCGCACACAGUAAUCACGGAAUUUCUGGGAAUCUAAAUCAUCU